AAAAAUAAGCAAACUGCCAACCCUGACCCAAAAAGCUCACAGAUCUUUUUAUCUCUCUUUCUUCAUUUGCAUAAAAAGAGUUAGUAUCACCUUUUUACCCCCUAAUUGCUCAACAACAAAACAAUCAAAACCCAUUCAUAAAGGUUUUUCAUUUUGGCCUCAUACUUUUCUUGUCAAUCAAACAACCUAAACCCUAAAAGGAACAUCUCCAAAAGGUUGUCAUUUGGGAUUUGAGCUCUCUUUGUGAUACCACAGCCUGCACUUAGAGUUUUUCCCCCUUUGAAAAAUCUCUCAUUAUUUUCGAUUUCAUUUCCGUAAGAAAAGAAACUAUGAGCCUCAACUGCCUCGCUUGCCACAUCCUCCAAAGAACAGACUCGGACAGAGACAUAGGAAGCCGUAAAGAUUCAAACUUGAAUGAAAGUUUCGCAACGUCAAGAUAUGAAAAGAUGAGAAGGAACAGAUCAUCGUUGCCCGUACCGAGACGGGUCAAUAAGGGUCAUCGCAGGCUUUACAGUGCGGAGAUGGUGGUCUAUGGGGAUCUGGACGAGCCCAAGCUGGUCAGAAGCAGUGGGAUCAGAAGGGAUUGGAGCUUUGAAGAUCUAAAGAAACAAAAAGAUCAGCUAAGAAUUGAAGAUACGAUAAAGGAAUAAAAAAGAUCCUUUACUAGG